AUGGUGAUUCACAAGGAGAUUGACCUGAGUAUGAAUUGCUGCCCAGGGAAGCUUCGCUUACCUGGUCAGCAAUGCAAGUUGACCAUCAAGUCCAGAACCUUCCUCCAUCUUCACAAGUUAAAAGUCUUUGACUUGUCAUUCAAUAAUAUAGCAGAUAUAAAACCAGAAAAUUUUGAAGGACUGGAAAACAUCCAGUGCCUAUUAUUGUCUUGCAAUUACAUGACACAGGCAUUGGAUGGCAAACAAUUCAACAGACUGAAAAGCCUGAAGUAUUUGGACCUUGCUCACAAUAGAAUAGAUUUCUAUUUUAGGGAGGCAUUUUCUGAGAUCCCAACACUCGAAGUUUUAGAUCUCAGUUACAAUAGUUACACUUUUCAAAUGAAAGGGAUGGGCCAUCGUUUCGAGUUCAUCAACAACAUGCCCUCUAUUAGAUGCUUAAGUCUAGCAAAUAAUCAAAUAGCAAAACGGGUCUCCAGUGAACUCCACAGUAACACUUUGAAUGUGUUGAACUUUAGUGGAAACUUGUUGAGUGUGAUGUGGGAGAGUGGGACAAAUAAAUACUGGAAUUUUUUCCGCAACCUUCACAACUUAACAGUCCUGGAUAUCUCGAGGAAUAUGUUGAAGACAGUACCUCCAGAAGCAAUGGUUCGAUUUCCACCAAGUCUGACAGAACUUUACAUUAACAACAAUCAAAUUGACUUUUUCAAUUGGGAUAACCUAACGGAACUGAUAAACCUUCAAAUUCUAGACUUAAGUCAAAAUUUACUUUGUGGUUUGCCCUCAAACCAUGUUACUUUCCCGAAACAUUCUCCAAGCUCAUCUUGCAAAACAAUAAAAUAUCCCAUCCUUCCCAGUGAGUUUUUCUCCAAGGCCAAAUCAAUACGUUAUCUUGACUUAAGUAAGAAUUAUAUCAAAAAAUUAUAUGCAAAUAGUUUUCCCUCUGAACUUCUGCAAAGGUUAGAUGUGCUGGCUCUUGGCAACAAUCCUUUUAGCUGCACCUGUGAUGCUGACUGGCUUAAUCAUUUCAUCAAAGACACCAAUAUUUCACUGGUACAUCUCACCACCAGUUGGAAGUGUGAGUUUCCAGAAUCACAACAAGGCCAGAGCAUUCUUUUGAUAGAUCCCCUGUCCUGUCAGAAAAUCCAUGGGAGUAUAGGCUUUAUUGUGUCUUUUCUGAUAACUGUAAUCUUCACAGCCCUGCCAAUACUGAAUAAACUAUUUGGUUGGGAUCUUUGGUACACUUUCCAUAUUUGUGCUGCCAAGUUAAAAGGCAGAACGAUUAUUCCCUCGGAAAAUCUACAAUAUGAUGCGUUUAUAGUCUUCGACACCAGUCACAAAGCUGUGGCUGACUGGGUCUAUCAUGAGCUCGUAGUGAACCUUGAGAAAAAAGGACAGCAUAAUUUCAACCUCUGCCUUGAGGAGAGAGAUUGGAUUCCUGGGAAGUCGUCAAUAGAGAACUUGUACGAUGCCAUCUACCAAAGUAGGAAAACGAUCUUCAUACUGACAAACACUUGCUUUGUGAGCGGACAGUUGAGGCAGGCCUUCUUCAUCGCACACCAGCGGCUACUAGAUGACAAGGUGGAUGUCAUAGUCUUGGUCCUUUUGGAUCAGUCUUUGCGAAAGUCAAAGUAUCUUCAGUUACGUAAGAGACUGUGCAAAGCCUCUGUCUUAAGUUGGCCCCACAAUCCUCACGCAGAACGCUACUUCUGGCUUAAGAUGCAGAAAGUAUUGACUAGAGACAACCAUUUGCAAUAUGAUCCAAAUUUCAGUGAGAGUUUUUUACCUUUUGAAUACAACUUACAAGCAUCUUGUGGCAGAAAACAUUAA